AUGGAGGGGGAAUCAUUGUAUGAAGCAUGGGAAAGAUAUAAGGCACUAAUGAGAAGAUGUCCACCUGACAUGUUUAGUGAUUGGGUCAAACUCCAAAACUUCUAUGAAGGCUUAAACUUAGAAGCAAGGAAGGGACUAGACUACUCAUCAGGAGGAUCACUAAACAUGAUGAAAACUGCUGAGGAGGCUCAAGACCUCAUUGAGAUUGUGGCAAAUAAUCAGUAUUAUUACUCAUCAGAGAGGCAACAUAAUCCGGCCCCAAAGAAAGGCGUAAUGGAGCUUGAAGCAUCAGUGAACACAACAAAUCAAUCAUCACUUGAAUGGGGCCAAGGUGAAGGGACCACUGUUGAACAGCCACAAGAACAAGUUCAGUACAUGCAGAAUACUUCAAAUUCUCAUGAUGAAUUUCAUGGAGAUACAUAUAACCCAUCUUGGAAAAAUCAUCCCAAUCUUAAGUGGGGUGAAAAUCAUUGGCAAAAGAAUAGCAACCACAAUCAAAACCGUCACACAAGCAACCAAAAUCACCAUGCCAACAACACUAACCAAUAUAGAAUAUCACAAAACACAUAUCAACCACCCCAUCAUAACUCACAAAAUCACCAAAAUAACUUCUCUGCACCAUCACCCAACUCAGAAAAUUACCACACUAAUCCACCCAACAACUUCCAACAACAAUCAACCCCCAUCAUAUCCCCAAUUGACCAUCAUGAGACCAGAAUCGCAAAUCUUGAAGCAACCUUGCAAGCACUUGCUCAAACCACUCAAGCCUUAGCUAAGGGACAAAAGGAACAUGAGGCCACCAUGAAGAGUAUUGAGCGACAAGUGGGACAAUUAGCCAAACAAGCUGAACGGCCAACCAAUGUUCUUCCAAGUGAUACGAUACCCAACCCAAGAGACACAGAAAAAGCCAUAAAAUGGGAGGAGUGUAAAGCAAUCACCCUGAGAAGUGGGAAGAAAGUGGAGACAGAAGCCAUUACUCAGGAAGAGCACAUCAAAGAAGGCUUAAAAGAAGAGGUGAAGGAACAAAAGCAGGAGCAAGAAACCUAUACACAAAGUGAUAAAUUAGCUAAGAAGGAGAUAGUGAAAGCAUACCAACCAAUGCUCCCAUACCCUCAAACGUUUAAAGAAGAGAACAAAGAGAAGCAAUAUUCCAAAUUCUUGGAAAUAUUCAAGACACUACACAUCAACAUCCCCUUCAUUGAAGCACUUAAACAGAUGCCCCUAUAUGCUAAGUUCAUGAAGGAAUUGUUGACAAAGAAAAGAUCCUUGAAAGAGGGACAAACGGUUGUGAUGACCAGGGAGUGUAGUGCCAUCAUCUAG